AUGGACGAAGGAAAUCCACGACGGCCGAGAGCAUUGUCGGGAGCUAGAAGUGAGGCCCCUAACUCGCCUACUAGUGCCUCGCGAGGAUUCGAGGAAGAUGACGCUCUGUCGCCCACCAGACGCUUUUCGACCAUUGAAGAAGGGCAGACCAGCUCUGGCGUUCGAAGACGCAGCUCGGCAGCUCGACGGAGUGGCAGCGGAGUGCCCAGCUUGGCCCCUAGAACUACCCUCGCGGAUCGCACGCAGGGCAAGUUCACUCUGGCUGGCCCAGAUGAGACUCCGCAGAUGCGGCUCUCUCAAGAGCCGUUCGUGCAGCCUGGAUAUGCCGAUCUCAACCCGUCGUACGAACAAGCGAACAAUGCGAAGCCCAUUUGGAGUUUGGCCAAGCCCCUGCCGCGUGUGGUGCGACCAGGCAUGGUACCGACCAAGGAGGAAUUGCUCGAAAAUCGCGCCAAUGCUCAGCUGCCUGCCGAAAAUUCGCAGCGACUUGGGCUAGACGUCGAUCCCAAUGAUCUUGAACAGGGCCGAAUUGAGAAAAGUGCCGACCCGCGGAAGAUGGCGGCGCAGGUGGAGGAUGCGCGCCUGCAGCGUGAAAACAACUUCAUGAACAAGGUGCUGAGUGGCGACGUAACAUUCGGCAAGCAAGGGUCACGCCUGUCUCGCACUUCUUCAACGCGUUUGAGGCGGCCCUCGGUGUUUGACGAGCAGCUGUCAACUCUCCAUGAAGAUGGGUCGCAGGCAACAGAAGAAACUCCAGCGAGACAGCCAGAGUACUUGAGCGAUGAUCCAUUACGCCCGGUGCCCGAGGAACCAGAGCUACACUCCGAUGGCGAACCGAGCGGACGGUUUGAAUUUCCCGCCCUCGAUCAUGCAACUUGCCCGGAAGACCUGCAUCCUUUGGUGCAGGACCUGGUUGAGGAUGAAGUGCACAACAACCACACGACUUGGUCGGUCAUUCGAACACACCACCGCGAGGCUCUAGCUGAGGCCCUGGCGGCCUAUGUGCAGUAA